AUGUCGUCGAAGAAACGAAAGGCCGAAUCGGUGAAAGAGGAGAAAGACGUGGAACAAGUGGAAUUAUCACUGACUUCCUGGUCCCCCCCCUCUGAAGAAGCAUUCAAAGGUCUAAAGCGCUUCAAAUCAUUCCUUCUUCCACCCAAUAACUCAUACUCUAUCGGUCAAUACGUAUGGCUCGCACACGAAGAUCUCUUAGCCAAAACAGACGCUCGUAACCCCUAUAGUGACUCUUCGCAUUCGCUUGGUCCGCUCAGCAAGAAACCGCGAAGCUCAUUGCUCACCAGUCAUAGCCCAGCGUCUAUUUCGGAAAAGGAUAAAGAGUCCGCACCCCUGCCAUUGGCUAAAAUUCACAUGGACGAGACUGAAGGUGAUCAUCACUGGGAAGCUGGUUAUUGGAUAGGUAAAAUCAUUGAGAUUAGAGCGAAGGAUACCAGUUAUGUCUGGAUGAGGAUACGAUGGAUGUGUAGGACAUUGGCGGAAUGUAAAGAUCAAGCGGUGCGAACUGGAUUACCUCGAAGCAAAGCUGGUCCAAAAGAAAUAUUCAUGCUUGGACCCGAAUGCGAUGGAUUACAACCUGUGGGAGCCGUUGAAAGUUCUGCCUCGGUAAUCGAAUUAGACGAACGCAAUCCCAUGCAAGCUCCCUUCAGCCGUAAUAGUAUAUUUGUCCGAAGUGAAGCUAGGACACCUACCGCCGAGGAAACUGCAGCGCUCUCAUCGAGACGAGGUGCCGGACACGGGGAAUCAAAAUCGAAGAAAGGUCGGGUGUCGGAGGCUGGGCCAUCGAAGCAUCUCUUUCCACUGAGGGAGUCGACGUGUUACUGCGGCGAUCCAUAUCGACCAUUAUUGGAUAGAGAAGAACCCAUGGCAUUAUGUGCUCAUGAAAACUGUCUCAAAUGGUUCCAUCUCGGUUGUCUGGACUGGAAGAAUAUACAUCGACGAGAUGCAACUCCUUCGUUGAUCGAGGACGUCAUCACAUCAGGUGUACAACUGAUGUCUCUGCUUCAAGAUUAUGGCUUAACCACUCCUGCCGAGAAGAUACCGUUCGACCAGGAUCCUACUGAGCUCGAUUGGGCAUCCAUAAAAGACAGCUACGGGAUCAAGACGGAGAAAGUGAAGGUGAAGAUUGAAAAGGAGAAACAUCGUACUCCUUCAAAAGGAACAUCGAACGGGACUAUCAAUGGGAAAAUAGAAGAUCCUCAAGGUCUGGUCCCAGAAAUCAGUCCAGAAGAGUUGGAGAAAAACAAACUUGCAGAUCAGCAUUUACCAGAAAUGAUAUUCAGGAUAGCUGAGUUUCCGGCUGUGAGAGGAACGCUCGAUACUGGUAUAGUAGGGAAUGCGAGAUAUAUCAUGCGAGCCAGGCAGAUAAUCUUACACAAUAGGAAGAUUAGAGAACGAGGAGAUAUCAAAGUUGAUCCAGCACAGGUAGAGGUCAUUGAACAGAUGAUCAAAGAGUGGACCGAUAUUUGGGGGAUGGAGUUUGACCCUGCGCCUCGUGAUAUCGUGUGGCUCUGCCCUUCUUGCAAGAGAGCCAUAUGA